AUGGCGGCGCGGGUCGGGGACGCCGCAGCGCUGCGUCGCGCGCUGGACGAGGCGGCGCUGGUCGUGGCGGCGGGGGAGGUAGGAGAGGGGCUGGAGGCGGUCCGCUGCGCCGUGGCCGCGGUGGCCAACGAGGCCGGGGAGACGCCGCUCCUGGCUGCCGUGGAGAAGGGCCGCCUCGAGGUGGUGGUGGAGCUGCUCCGGCACCUCGACGCCCAGGGCGUCGCCGCGGAGGCGAACGAGGCCGGGAAGACGCCGCUCCUGGCCGCCGCGGAGAAGGGCUACCUUGAGGUGGUGGUGGAGCUGCCCCGGCACCUCGACGCCCAGAGCGUCGCCGCGGAGGCCAACAAGGCCGGCGAGCACGCGGCGGCGCUGCAGAGGUACCGGCAGAACGCCGAGUUCUUCGUGUGCUCGUGCGUCGGUAAGGGCACCGUCAACGUCCCGAGGACCCCCGGCGGCAUCAUGUACCACCAGCGGUGGAACAACCUCCAGUUCGUCACCAGCGCCUCCUUCCUGCUCACGGCGUACGCCGACUACGCGACGGUGGCCGGCGGGGGCGCCGUGCGCUGCCCUGGCGGCGCCGCGCGGCCCUACGAGAUCCUCGCGUUCGUCAGGUCCCAGGUGAACUACAUCCUGGGGGACAACCCGAGGGCGACGAGCUACAUGGUCGGGUACGGGCUCAACUACCCGCGGCAGGUGCACCACCGGGGCGCCUCCAUCGUGUCGGUGAGGACGGACCCGUCGUUCGUGAGCUGCCAGGAGGGCUACGCGAGCUGGUACAGCAAGCAGGCCGUCAACCCCAACACGCUGGACGGCGCCGUCGUCGGGGGCCCCGACGAGUACGACGACUUCGCCGACGAGAGGAACAACUACGAGCAGACCGAGGCGGCCACCUACAACAGCGCGCCGCUGCUCGGCGUCCUCGCCCGCCUCGCCGGCGCCUGCGGCGGGCUGGACGAGUACCGGCCGUCGCUCCCGGCGGAGGCGGCCGCGAACCGCACAGCGAGGUUGGCGGCGGCUCGUCGGCGGCAUCCUCACCUUGAGGUGGAGCAGAACGUGACGGGGACAUGGGAGGUCAGGCGCAGGACGUACCACAGGUACUCGGUGACGGUGACCAACAGGUCCCGGAAGACGGUGCGGGGGCUCCACCUCGGCGUCUCGGAGCUCGCCGGCAGGCUGUGGGGGCUCGACAAGGCGCGGUACGGGUACGUUCCCCGGAGGUGGCUGCGGGCGCUGCGCCCCGGGAGGAGCGUUAGGUUUGGGUACGUGCAGCCCGGCCCUCCGGCCAAUGUGUGGGUCACCGGAUACAAGCUGGUGUGAGUGAGUGAGUGAGUGAACUCUUUCCAUGCAUGUUUGAGGUCCUAGCUAGGAUAAUCCAGGGUUUUUGUUUUGGUGAGUGAUGGGUUCAUUGGGAUGGGAGGAAGGAGUUAAGAGAUUAAGAAUGGCGUUGUGCUCAUCCUCUUCCUCCCGAGAGUGUUCGGUUAGGCCAGAGAGGGAUUUGGAUUUCAGGGAGAUGGAGAUGUAAUGUCGAUCCUUCUUACUUUUUCAAGUUUUGAUUGAAAAAUACAAGGCAUUGCCUCAGCUUUAAUCUUUACUCUUUA